CUCUCUCUCUCUGUGAGUGAGUAAUAAAUGGCAGUGAGCAGCGUGGCCGUGGCUAAUGCUGCUGAGCUCUAGCGCUGUUCUGUGCUGUGCAGCUCUUGCUCCUCCUGCUCUUCGUCUUGCUCGGUUUUCACACUGGUAGCCGCUGCGCUAAACCCUCCCAAACCCCUCCCUCAUGCGAUCAAUACAAUAUAAAUUCGUUUCUUGGAUGUUUUUCAAUCGGCAUCUCCUUGGUGAAAUUCGGGAGAUGUUGAUGAUCAAUCACCCAAUGGAGUGAGCAGGUUUCUUUGAUUUUGAGCAGGGCGGAUUUCUUUGUCAAUAGGAGGAGGAAGGGGGAAAGGUGCUCCUUUUCUUGCUCGAGUCCGUUGGAGAGAUCCAAUCAAGAUUCAAGAACUAAUCUUUUUAGCUUCCGUUAUAUUACUCACCGAGAGAUUUCCCCCAAGCCAAGAAAGAGGCAGUCGCAGGGAGGAGAGGAGGGGAGAGGAGAGGGCGUCCUCUUCCGAGCAGCCGCAUUGCCGCCCCUGUCGAUGAGUGAGCGUUGCCUCCGAUGCUGUCGGGGUGCUCGGUGUCCAGUCUCGCGGCGAGGUUCGCCUUCUUCCCGCCGGAGCCGGCGACGUACGCCGUCCGGAAGGACGAGGCCACCGGCCGCCUCGUCGCCUCCGGAGUGCCACGGGACAACGCCAUGGACGUGCUGCUCGUCGACACCAGGAGGGGGAGCAAGGUGGUGGCCUUCUAUUUCAGGAACCCCUGCGCCCGCCUCACCGUGCUGUACUCGCACGGCAACGCCGCCGACCUCGGCCAGCUCUACGAUCUCUUUGUGCAGCUCAAGGUCAAUCUCAAGGUCAAUCUGAUGGGAUACGACUACUCUGGCUACGGAGCAUCUACUGGCAAGCCAAGUGAAGAGAACACAUAUGCAGACAUUGAAGCAGUUUACCAAUGCUUAGAAACUGAGUAUGGGAUCAGCCAGGAAGACAUUAUCUUGUAUGGACAAUCUGUGGGCAGUGGUCCAACAUUACAUUUAGCCUCCCGUUUGCCAAGAUUGCGUGGGGUUGUUCUCCACAGCGCUAUACUGUCAGGCCUCCGUGUUGUUUGCCAUGUGAACUUUACUUUCUGCUUUGACAUUUACAAAAAUGUCAAGAAAAUAAAAAAGGUCAAAUGCCCAGUGCUCGUUAUUCACGGGACAGAUGAUGAUGUUGUGAACUGGUCACAUGGUAAGGAGCUGUGGAAACUGGCAAGGGAGCCGUAUGAUCCACUAUGGAUCAAAGGUGGAGGUCACUGCAACCUGGAGCUGUAUCCUGAUUUCAUCCGCCACCUCUCCAGGUUCAUCCGUGAAAUGGAGAUCAUCACAACGAAAAUGAGGCUCAAGAAGAUUAUGCAGUCCCUCCAACCCAGAAAGAAGGCCUACCGGAUGAAUACUGCGACGACUACAACCUUCACCACUAACUGCUGCUGCCGUAUUCGAGUCCGAAAACCGACUUGCCCCAGCUGCAAUUUCAGCUGCGGCUGUUGUGGGCUGAGGAACUGCUUCACAUUCCGUUUAUUCAGGUGCCCUACCUGCUUCUCACGCAGCUGCUUCUGCUGCUGCAAGGGCUGCUUCAAGUGCUGCUGUGGUGGAGACGCUCAUUAAUGCCGAUCUUUAUGCGCGCGUGUAUAGUAAAGAGGAAUGGUCCUUAGAUAUCUAACCCUUUAAAUGCUGUAGGACUAAACUUAGAUUUCAGUUAGCUGAACAUUGUAUAACAGAUAGACUCCCGUACUUGUGCUUAGUAUCCAGUUCUUCCUGUUCAACGUUGUAGUUGCUUGUCGGGUUCAUCUAAUUAUUGACAUAAGCUGUUCGCCGUCGAGUUUAGAACAACGCUGAUGCCUGAAUUGAUUUUUGCUUCA